AAAAGUUGGCAGCUCUGACUGACAGUCUCAGUUUUUCAAUCCUGCUGUCAGUUUUCUUUGUCAAAAGUGAUUAAUGUGCAGCGGUGGUAGUAUUUUUUCUGUGAAAAUUUAUUCUGAAAAUAUUACAUCUAUUUGUUUUCCAAAGCGGUAUUGUUGAUAAUGAGUUCGACAGAACAGAGCGAACCGUCAGAAUUGAACGGAAAUUCUGAAAAGGAAGUCGUCAGCGACAAGCAACCGGAGGAUGCUUCUGUUGAACCAGUCCCGGAUACAGUGGUAGCAGAGGACGAUGCCAACGAUGAUUUUCAAGCAAUGCCGGAUGAUUUGAAUGAUUUCGUAGUUGUUGACGAAGCAGAAAUAACGGAUCCCGAAGAAGAGCAUGAAAUUGGAGACUACGAACUAAUUACAGAAGCGGUACAGUGGGAUUGUCCCGCGGACCGAUUGGCACCACGUACUUACGUAGACAAGGAUUUUCAACCGACGAUACGAGAUCCACGAUGUAAAGCUGAUUGGCCGCUGGCUACAUUUUGGCCUGUUUACGUUGGAAACUUUAGGUUGCACGGAAAAUUAGGAAAAGAUUACAAUUGCGCUCACGCUAUCCAUAAGUACUUUGCUUUAAAGGGUAUUCCGUCCUUUGUUGUGUUCCGGUUGAAAAACAAUUUUUUCAAAGAAUAUCAGCAACUGGUUGGACUUUACGAUAUGCUGGUUUAUUUUUGCUGCGAAAAAGAUGCAAAUCGAGCGAUUCAGUGGUGUCACCGAGACCUGUACUUCGGUUAUAGGUUGAAUGUGUACAGCGGUAGGACACCGGUUUACUUUAACAAUUACAAGUCUUGGCGUUUCGAGCAUAUCAAAACAGAGGACAAAAUGGAAACCGAAGCUACUUUGGAAGAUUAUUUCCAACGCUUCGGGGAUGUUUUGGCCGUCUCGAAGCAAGAUCUGGAUGGUGUUUUUGUCCAGUUCAGAACAAAGAUCCGUUUUCGUGAUGAUCAGAGUACUUUCGAGAACGAUCGCUUUAAGGGAGCAUCGGUGGAAGAACGUGUUCAAAGACAGCGCUUUGUCGAGCAGGAUGUCGAAGCUGAAAUAUUAAAAGAAAUUGCGGAGGUUCCGCAGUUUAUCCGCAGCCGUCCCAGACGAUCGGUGAUGGUUUCGCUUAUGCAUGGUGUAAUUCCCGAUUUGAAUCGCAGUUGGGAAAACCCCGCAGUCAAAGGGUACAGGAGAGUAGAGACGGCGUCUACUCGUUCGAAGAACCCUCGUGUAAAAGAAAGAUCCCACAUCCGAUUAAAUAGAGUGGAUAAGGCCUUAUUUGCCGGCUAUGAGAUCGAGGCAUUCAAACGAGACUUUCCUGUGCGAGGUAAAAAAAAUAUUUUGUUUCAAAGAGAUUGGAAGAAGUCUACCGAUUACAACCAGCGUCACCCUAUGAAAAAACCCCACCGCCGCGCUCAUUAUGACGUUGAUGUGGACGCAUUUACACGUCAUCAACACAGGGCGAAGGGGUUCAAAACACUACCCGUUCAAUUUCAGAGUGACAAACCUAUGUCCAAACGUCGGGCAGCGCGGUUGCGACCAAAGAAACAAGCCGUACCUUUGCCUGAGCGAGAACAAUCUCCCAUAGUAAUAGAUUAAUCAAAUCAUCUUUGAAUCGGCUUAUCUCAUUUUGUAAUUCAAGCAUCCUAGUAAUACCUGCGAACAUUGAAGAAUAAGCGUAGUUCAUGUAAAAACUGAUAUGCUAAUAUAAAUUCGCCAUUAUAGAAUUGAUAACUUCAAGCAAUCUUCGUUAGAUUAAGGACUAUGGAGAACGUAACAAGGAUUUGGAAACAGUUACUAAAUUUGUUAGUAGAAUUUAUUUGCUGUAUCGAAUUGUCGUACAUAAAAGGGGUGAAGAAUGAA